CAACAAACUCCAACCUUACUAAAAACUCUCCAUCUCUUUCUCAAAACCAAGCUGAAUUCCAUCAGUUCCUAUAUCACAGUAAUGGCCGACACAAAAGCCAAGGAGGGGCUCCUUCAAUCCCUUCGCAACUGGGGAGAACACUCUGUCCCGCCGACACUCCUCGCCACCCUGAUAACAGCGCAGCACAUGCGCCCCUUCCAGCCACUGCCAAUGAUGUUCCCGCCCGUGCUGCUAUUCUCAAGCUAUUUAAACCUCAGCGGGUAUAAGACCGACGCCGCGGGAACGACGGCUGCGUGGAGUGGGUUGUAUGCGCUUCUAGCUAUGCGGCGGAAGCAGCAAUUCACGCAAAAGUUCACAAUACGAGGGUUUGUUCGUGGAGCCUCAUUAGCGCUCUGCGCAGUCAACGUGGCGGGAUGCGGAUUGGCGUAUGUCUUUGGACGGAGAGAAAAGGAGGAUCGGAAAGAGUGAUCGGAACGCAUGCGCUUUUGUAGCAUAUUGUACAUCACAUAAGUAGAACCAUCAGGGGACAGAGGGCGCAUGGAGCUUCAAUCGUGAAAGCGGGUAUGAAUUUGAUUUAACAUACCAAUGCAUCGCUAACGAUGCAAACUGGUUACCUUAGGCGGGACCACUGUACAUAGACUCUAAGUCAAAAUGCCCAAGCACAUG